AUGGCUAAAGCCAGCAGCACUCUGUUUGCUGUCUCCUGCUCCCCUUCUGCUCGUUUCUCUCUCCUUCGACGCUUUGAAUCUCUUAAACCUUUAGUUCCAAGCGCGAGACUCGCCGUGCCAAUGGCCAUGGCCGCUUCAGCUUCCACCGCUAAAAAGGUGGCUCCUGCUGUGAUUGUGGGUGGCGGAAGAGUCGGAAGGGCGUUACAGGAAAUGGGUAGUGGCGAUGAUUUUUUGGUGAAGAGAGGAGAAGCAGUUCCGGUUGAUUUUAACGGACCCAUUUUGGUGUGUACUAGAAAUGAUGAUCUCGAUGCUGUUCUUGAAGCUACUCCUCAGUCUAGAUGGAAAGAUUUGGUGUUCUUCCAAAAUGGAAUGAUGGAGCCUUGGUUUGAAAGCAAAGGUUUGGGUGAUACAGAUCAAGUGUUGGCCUAUUUUGCUGUAUCAAAGCUCGGCGAGCCUCCAGUGGAUGGAAAGACUGACACUGACCCAGAAGGUCUAACCGCUGCUUAUGGAAAAUGGGCUUCAGAGGUAGCUGCAAGAUUGCAAUCUGGUGGCCUCUCUUGCAAGGUACUUGACAAAGAAGCUUUUCAGAAGCAAAUGCUGGAGAAACUCAUUUGGAUUUGUGCAUUUAUGCUUGUUGGAGCUCGUCAUCCGGGUGCAAGUGUGGGCAUGGUGGAGAAAGAAUACAGAGAUGAAGUGUCGAGACUCAUCCAAGAACUCGCAGCUGCUGCUGCUGCAGAAAAAGGACUAACCUUUGAAGAGAACAUGGUGGAGAGGCUAUGUGCUUAUUCCCGAGCUGUUGCUCAUUUCCCGACCGCCGUUAAAGAAUUUAAAUGGAGGAAUGGUUGGUUUUAUUCGCUCUCAGAGAAAGCGAUUGCAGAAGGGAAAUCUGAUCCGUGUCCCCUCCACACCGAAUGGCUGAGAGAGCUUAAAGUGAUAUAG